GCUGCCAGCCUUGGCCCAUCAUGUAAGUGCUGCGGAGAAUUCUUUGCAGUGCAUUUGCAGAAUUACCUGAUUUCCCGACGGCCGUGCAUCCGUCCCGGCGCCCUGCGCACGGACGCGCACGCUUCGGACGCGAAAAGGCUCCAAGUGCAUGAAGAUCGAGGCUUGUGUUUUUGCAUCUUUGUUGCAGAAAGCGAGCCGCUGAAGCUCCAGUGCGAGGGCGAUGGAGGGAGGGAGUGAGAAAGAAGGCAAAGUCUUUUGUGCUUCCCCUCCCCCUCAUCAAAGCAAAGGGGAAAUGUCUCAGCCGAAGGGAGGUAAGAGGAAGCGGGUGCUCAAGCUCCCCAAGGAGGCGUUUGAGCAGGCUACCAGUACCAGCUCAGUACCCCCCAGAGAUUUGGAUUCGAAAGCUUGUGUAACUAUCGGAGAGAAGAAUUUCGAGGUGAAGGCAGAUGACCUGGAGCAGAUCUCCGAGCUCGGCAGAGGAGCGUACGGCGUGGUGGACAAGAUGAGACACGUGCCGAGUGGCCUGAUCAUGGCUGUUAAGCGGAUUCGGGCCACGGUGAACACUCAGGAGCAGAAGAGGCUGCUCAUGGAUCUGGACAUCUCCAUGAGGACAGUGGACUGCUUUUACACCGUCACCUUCUACGGAGCACUAUUCAGAGAGGGCGACGUGUGGAUCUGCAUGGAGCUGAUGGACACCUCCCUCGACAAGUUCUACAAGCAGGUGAUUGAGAAGGGCCUGACCAUCCCCGAGGACAUCCUGGGAAAGAUCGCUGUCUCAAUAGUAAAAGCUCUGGAGCAUCUCCACAGCAAUCUGCAAGUCAUACACAGAGAUGUGAAACCCUCCAACGUCCUGAUCAACACUCAGGGCCAAGUGAAGAUGUGCGACUUUGGCAUCAGCGGCUACCUGGUGGACUCUGUGGCUAAAACCAUGGACGCUGGCUGCAAACCCUACAUGGCGCCGGAGAGGAUCAAUCCUGAGACCAACCAGAAAGGCUACAACGUCAAGUCGGACAUCUGGAGUUUAGGAAUCACGAUGAUCGAGCUCGCCAUCCUGCGCUUCCCGUACGACUCGUGGGGGACACCUUUCCAGCAGCUGAAGCAGGUGGUGGAAGAGCCUUCGCCCCAGCUUCCCGCUGACCAGUUCUCCCCUGAGUUUGUGGACUUCACCUCUCAGUGCUUAAAGAAAGUUUCCAAAGAGCGGCCGACUUACACAGAACUCAUGCAACAUCUCUUCUUCACCUCCCACGAGGCCAAAGAAACCGACGUGGCUAGCUUUGUGAAAGUCAUCUUGGGAGACUGAGUGCACUGGAGGGAGGGGGGGGGGGGGGGAAAUCUGUUAAAAAAAGAGGAAACAAAAAAAAAAAAUCCAAGAAAAAGCACCAGUCGCAGCCCCCCCCCAUCCCAUUUACCCGCAGGACUCCCUCUCACCCCUCCCUCCAGUGGCAGACAAACGGAGCCCAGAGGAGCCGCUGACGAAGCAGAACGAGGAGUCUGUCCCCGCCCCCCACCUGGCCUCAGCCCCCCCUCUGUGCAUCACCUGGCACGGUGGAAGGAGUUUGGGAGACGGGAGCCUCACACAAAAUCUGGAGUAAUUUAUGAUGUGUGUAUGCAAAGCCUUCCCCUUUUGAUUCGAUUUGCCCCGCCGCUGCGCUCCUCCUCGAGCGCUGUUGUUAGCGCGCUGACUCUGUGGCCUCCACAAGGGUCGAGUCAUAGUUUCUUUUUUGCUGAAAAGCAGAAGCGAGAAGAUGUGCAGAUUAUAUAAAAAAAAAAAAGAAGAAUGAUAUAAUCUUUCUGUGUAUAAUCUAAAUGUUUGCAUACUCGAAGCAAGUGUUGCAUCAGAUUAUUAAUUGACUGCAUGUACAGAAUUUCUCUCUGGGUAAAAACGGGCUCAUGUGGCCAGUUGGAGAGUCCGAUUGUUGACUUCAGGGGCUCCCCCCAGUGGCCACAAAGAGGUACUGCACUUACACUGCUUUCCCCCCCUGAUUACAGUGGAGGUCAACUACACGUUUUGGGCUCUUGGCUGCCUGUGAGCGUGAAUGUGUGCGAGCUGGUGCAUGACGUGUGUGUGGGGCAUGUUCACAGAGCUGCACGGCUCCAGAUGCAAGUACAAACGCAGUUUUCGUGCUCCGCAACAUUUUUUUAUGGAUUUUCUGCAGCCUCGCUGCCCCUGUAAGAGCUCAGCAGGCAGGGUAACACUCUUACGUUGCUUUAAAAGUACAGGCGACUGUGCAUCUGCACAUCAUGUUCAAAUGUGACGCAUGUAAUAAAGAGCCUUAUUUUAAAACUAGUUAGUACGGUGGUCGGGUACAAGCAUAGACUGUAUAUUAAAGAUGGAAAUGCCCACCAUGAUGCCACCGUGUCAGCAAGCUUAUGUAAUUUGAAAGGCGUCUAAAUAAAUUGUGAAGUUGUGCUUUUUGGUGUAACUGUACCCAUGUGGUCGGGGUGCCCCAUCAGCAAACUCAGCGAUGACUGCUGGUUCAAACACGUCCAUUUAUUUUUAAUGUAUUUCUAAUUUGACCCCCCAAAAAAACCCAAACAAAAGAUGUGAGAACAAUGAAAGUUCCGAAUAGAUAUCAAACUUUUACACUUUACCGUGAUAUUGUAAAGUAAUGCAGCCAAAUGCACCAAAGUCCAAUAGAUUCCAAUAGAUAUGAGAUUGUGAGGUCCAGCAGCUUUGGCUGGUUUGAAGCCACUGACUGCUCCGUUCCUGAUUGUUCCUGCGUGAAUCUGAAUCGCAGAUCUUUGAGACAAAGCCGGAGCCGAGUCGCAGCCGUGCAGCUUCGUGUCGCUCACACACACUUUAAAUGUCGGGGUGUGUGUUUGCGUGUGCGUGUGGGCUGUGUGGGGGAAGAUUUUCUCCUUGUUGUCUGUACUGAGCCAAUCACAACCCUCUCCACUCACCAUGAAAAGAACUGGAUACUAUUGCUAUUAUUAUUAUUAUUAUUAUUAUUAAUAUUAAUUAUUGUUAUUAUUUAGAUCCAGGUUUUUUCUCCCCCCUUCGACAUACUUACUGCAGUUUCUCUUAUUUAUUAUAACUGCUGUUUUCCCUUUGGAAACUUGACCGAACCAUUUGAGACUCUUCUCAUGUGUUUGUGUGAGCUGUGUAUGGUUUUUGUUUUUCUUUGUGUUUUUUUUGUCGUGUUCUUCUUGGCUCAAACACGUGAAAUGCUUUUAAUCUGUAACUUGCAAGCCUUCUGUGUGCCUCUAUAUAGAAACCGUCUAAGGAAAAUGAGAUGUUAAGAAUGAUGCAGGGAUCCGCUCCCUCCCUCCUCACACGCUGCAUGGCAUCAUAAUCCCACUUUGUGUUCCUUGUUGUACUGUAGCUCAUGCUCGAUUUUCUGUUUUUUCUGUUUUUAUGCUUGUGUUCAUCUCUCUCGUUGCCUUUGUUCUUGGCUUCGUUCUCGCAGUGAUUUCUGUGGAGGCCGAGCUGACGCCUUCUAGAUGUCAUGUAAGAAUUACUCUGAUGUCAAAACGGGAAACUUGAAGUGUUUUAAGUGGCAGAGCGAUGAGGCUUUGUCCUGGUUUGAGGAUUUACAUCAUCCUCACGCCUUUUAAAUAUUAUAUUGCUGAAUUAUCACGUGAUUUGUUCUAAUUUUGACUUCUGGGGCCUUAAACUGUGUCAAAAACUGAACCAAAAACACUUCUAAUCUGUUCUGACGAUCAAAUGAACUGACAGGACUUUUACCCCCGACUGUGCUCGACAUUACAGCAUCGAUAAAUCGUCACUAUACAACCACAAACCCUAAAACUCGGGGGUCCACCUUCAGUCGAUUUACCUGUUAGAGUUGCAGUCAAACUCUGGACAUCAGCAUCAUUUAAAGCUGUAUUAAAUUAUUAGUUUAUACAAAUUUGAAAGAAGUUUUGGGCCAUCCGGGGGCACAACACCCUGUAAACGCAUCAUUGAUAUUUAUGGUCCUAUACAUGCAUCAUAUUUGCUUCAAUCUAUUCAUGCUUAAGGUCAUUACAACAAAAGGCUUUUUCCCCAGACACUCAUGUCUGCCAACACUCCCUCAGACGUGGUCUGAUUUUGCUGCUAAUAUCAGAACAGAUCCGGUAUACACACCUGCAAACAACUCAAACAAUCUCAGCUGUAAUCAGAGCUAACUGAGAGAAAACAUAAACUCCAGGUAACAAAGUGGAAGGAGAUGAUAAUGCUCCUAAUUCCUCCUUACCACGUCCAUAAAGAAGACUUCAGUUUUCCAUUCCAGCGUUCCUGUCUCCAGGAUCAUACUGUGCACGCAUCCGUCCUGGUGUCAGAUAUUGAAACACAGACGUGAGACGUGCAGCAGCAAAACAGACACACACCUCUCCCUGAACCCGAUUGAAGCUGACUUAGGACCCAGUUGGACUUGAUUCCUCAUUGUGUAGAGGCUUCAAACAAACAGGAAAUGUAGUCGGAAUAAACAAACCUGUGUGGCACUGGGCCUUUACCCGACUAGCCGUCCUCCCUGAAGUUCAAAAACAUGUUAAACUCAUAGAAGACGUCUGAAUAAUGAUGAGCUUUGACUGAAAAGUCAGAGGACACGUUUCCUCAAUACUCCAGCUAACCUGGCAGAUCUUCCUGGCAGGCAGCGCUGCUCCGACUUGCUGCCUGAGCGUGCAGGUACAGCACCUUUGAUUGUCCGGAAAUAAGUCACCACCGACUCCAACACAGUGAUCCGGAAUGCUGUGAGACCCAUGUGGGUGUCUGAUCAAGCGGUCUGGUAACCAAGUGAACAGCAGGAACGUUGGCGCCCAUCAACCUUUCGCUAUUCAACCAAACUGAAGUCGAUGCAGAGCUUAGACGUCUUUGACACCUCUAAUGAGCAGUGAUUGCUGAGGGCUGUAAACUCAUAGAUUCAUGGUUGGAAAAAAUGUUUUUUAGCUUUUAUUUUUUGUCAACCAGGACAUUUUUAUGACUGAGCAACCACAUUUACCCCGAAAAACAUCAUCUGUGGACCUCUGGGGCUCUAUUUAAAAGAAAUAAUGUUCUCUCUGCUGUUUUGCCAGCCUCCAAAACAAAGUCUGCCCUCAGUUGAGUACAGUCCGCUCUGUCAUGUUAUCAGGGAAGUUUCCUGUUUUGAUGCAGAGUAAAAACCUUCCUUUCACCCUAUAACCUGCUCCCCGUUGGGCUCCAGUCCCACAACCUUUGGCUUAGAUAAUUCCUUGAAGUACUGCGAACAUGCCCAUGCCCGCCUCGCAAAGCUGUCUUAUUUUUCUUUAUGAAGCUCUCACCGUUCUCUAUUUUUCAUCUAUAGUUCUCAUUUUCCGACUUCACCAACUGUUUCUCUGUGGUGAAGCUGAAUGUGAGGACUGGUGGCAGACAGAAGUCACCGCGGCGAGGACAUUUAAGGGCUUCCUCAUUAGUGCAUCUCUGUACCGAAGAUGAAAAUAUACUGGAGAGACUUUUAAUUGCCCCUAGUGUUUUUAGUCCAUGAUGAAAUUAACAAAAUUCAAGUCACACUUUCUGGAAGCAGAGCAAAAUUAUCCGUCACAGGUCGAGCCUCGAGAUUCUUUUUUUUCCAUUAGUGAAAAAUGGUUAUUAACCUAACUUAGCAAAUGUGACCAAAGAGCUGGAGCCAGGCUUAGGGGGCCGGGAAAGGUAGUCGGACUCGUCAUGGCACGCAUGGACUCGGAGCAGUGGAUUUAGGUUUGUGUGGCGUUUGUAGGUGUUUUAAGUGCCUAACAGUACAUUUCUGUGGUGUACAUUUACAUUGAAACACUUGUCUGUCUUCGUGAUUGAUGCUUAAACACUGUUUUGGUCCUUCAGUUCCUGUCCUGGACCCACUGACACUGCAAUUUGCUGUGAUGUUUUGCACUGUACCGAGGAGUCAUAUCACAUUGUCACAUUUACGAGUGUGUUACUGUAAGGAAGCAGUCAUUCAGUCGAUGAAGGGUUGCCCUCUGUGUGGUCAUUUUCCAUCUUUUUUAUUAUUUUUUUUUGAGAGGGAGAGCGAGAGUUUGGAGUUAGAGGCUCUGACUUUUAUUUAACUGAAAUUGUGAUACUGUAAAAAUUCUCAAAUAAUACCAAGCUUUUCUUCAACUGCUCACUUUGUUUUUGCUGCUGUUUGCACUCGUCGGCCAUGCUUAGUCUGUACAGCUGUCAACAUCAAAGAUGAAGGGUGACACUGACACGACGAAAACCUGUUACAGAGCAAAGGCUUUUAUUGUGAAAAACCUUUUUGCAAAAGCCUGCGGAUCGUGUUUGGUUAUCAUGUUACAGGUUAGCAGCCUUGUAGUGAUUCUUGCCCACUAGUAUAAAUCAGUGGGAACAUUUAGUGCCACCAUAUAAACGACACCAAAACCCUUUAGUGUCUAAAUAAAAAUGAGCCAUUUUCACACAAGCUCUCAGGCUGCAAGGAUGCAAACGUAAACCUGAAGCCUCGGUCUCAUUUAUGACCCUGUUAUGUUUUUACACAGGACUGAUUUUGUAUUGCACUACUUUUGUUUAUCAUACCUGACCUGUUUCAUUUAUCUAUGAAAAGUUUUUAAAUGAUUCUAACGUCUUUUUGUCUUUGAUGCAGACAAAGGCCACAAAGCUAUUUUUACUCUAACUUUUGGCCUCCAGUAUUUGCUUCAAGCCUUACGCAGCAGUAAAUCACAGCGAUCGUUCUGUUAGCGCUGAUUCACCACAAACAUCACAAUGUAGUUGUUAAACUCAUUGCUCCACCACAAGGUCAAUUCCUCUAAACGACACUCUGUAGGAGAAGCGGUUUAAAAAGAUGUGGCAGCAUUUUUACUCACAGAACUGUACGGCCGGGGUUAUAAAUGAGGCCACUCAGUCACCUGAAGGUUAAACAGAGUUUACUGUGAGUGUAGAGCUGAUUAACUGGUGAUUGGGUGUCAGAAGACAGGCGGCUUCCUGUUGUCUGCUCGGUGCGAGGGCAGCCUCGGCCAGUGUCCUGACCUGAGUUCACGUGUGAAAAUGGCUUCACUCGGCGUGACUGAACGUCUGCCGGGAGCUUGUACAACUUUAAGUGGGUUUAGUGUUAAUAUCAGUGGGAAAAAUUUAAGUUCAUGGUUGCAAUUCAGAGGAGAUUAAAUUAAAUAUUUUAUAGCUGCCACUGUUUGUACAAUAUGAACCCAUAAAAGACAGAAUUAUGACAUUCCUGGAAAAUCAUUUUGGAUUGCGCGCCGCUUUCCAAACAUGUCCACACAAUGUGCACAUGAUAAAUUGCAUUUUUUUAGUAGUUUAACAAAUUUUUUCCACAAAAUAAUUGAAAAAAAUUCUUUAGAUUUGUGUUGAAGAAAUAAUUUUAAUUUUGUAAUUUUGCUUGUUCUGCCAAAACACAAGAAUAUAUAAUGUAUGCAGCUAACUAAUGGGACACGUGCUACUGAACUACAGAAAGAAGCGCGAGAAUGACUUUGUGGUUGCAUCAAGUUCUUCAUAACUUAAAGCUACUUUAGUUUCUCUUACACUGAAAAUAAACAUUUUAUUAAAUUAUAUAUUUGGGUUUCCACAAAGGACAGUUGUACAGACGACACACACACACACACACACACAAUAAUGAGAAACACAGCAGGUUUUGUCUGAGACCCUUCUAACUCCACGCAAUUCUUUGUUUCCUCUGCUCAGCGCUGACAUUUCUGGUCCACAGUUGAUUCAUGUUCACUUUUCAAUAGGCUGUAAUGAGAAAAGAGUCGAGUUUAAUCACACGUCACAUGGGAUUUUCCUCUGUGUGUGCUUGUGUGUGUGUGUGUGCGCGCGCCCAUUUGUCUGUCCCAUCGUUGUGCUGGCCAGAGAGCUCUGCUAUCUUUACUCUGCUCUUCCUCUUUGGGAAGAUGCUGCCAGAUAAAACAGUCAUCAUGCUUCUCCUCCUUCGUCAGAGCUGCACCCAGAGAACGGUUUUCCUUUUUGUUUCAGUGCUCGUUUAUACAUGCCUGCCCGAACGUGGGAAUUCCCAUCCAUGAGUCUAAUUGUGGCCCGCUCUCACCUGCUGAGUAAAGCUCGGUCGCUGUGGAUCAGCAAGGGUAGGAUGUCCGAGUGGAAACUGUCCUUAGUGAGCAGUCUGUUUUCACAUCCCGCCACAAUUCACCCUCUUAACCUCCAAGUUCAUCUGUGCAGCGUCCAACAGCAGGCAUCCGUUAAAUCCAGUAGACGAUUGUUCUUUACUGGAACGCCACGCAUUUAUUUAUUUCUUCUUUUUUUGAUUUUGAAUGUCAGACAGAGAAUCAGGAAAUUUUGCUCACCUUCUUCCUCGUCCUCCAAAUGCGUCAGCAGAUGAAUGAAAUGCAUCAAAAAAGCCUGCUUUGUGUGGGAGGCUCCUCCAGGCCUUUGGACGUGCGUUUGGCCGGAUUAUAUCGAGUGUAAAUCUGUCGUCUGUGAACCGUGCUGAGCCGUCUGUCGCAAACUACAACGAGACUUGUGAACCGUGGCGCUUUCUGUUUCUCAGUCGCAGGUGGUAAACUGCUGGUACACACAGCUGUAUGUGAUGUUUGCGGUGUUGUGUUCCUUUAUUCGGGGA